UUUAGUUGCGUAUUUCUGUUCCGAAGUUCAGUCUUUGUUAUAAGAAACGAAGCCACUAGGAGCGCGCCUGUUUGCCAGUGCCGCGGUUGCGUCGCGCCGCGCCAGUGGAAACCCCAGCGUGCCAGGAAGCUCCGAAGGGUGAGAACAGAUCGUGCCGGGACAGCCAGGUUACGUGCCGCACGGGUCGACCUUCUUCCAGCGCAUGCGGCACAGGUCCCACCGACAGAGGCGACGCCUCUACCGAGAGCAGGCGGUGAGCUACAGGCUGCAGGAGGAGGAGCGCGCUAAGGCAAGCGGUGACGACGCACCCAUGCAAGUCGCAGCAGGACAUCGCCCUUCGGACGGUAGCGGUCCCUCCAGCCAGGGCUUGGUUCCACCGGUACCCCCUAGUGCAUCCGGUACCUAUCAAGACGGGCUAGAGGGCCGUGGCAGCCAGCCGAACCCAGCUGCAGCGAACCGCACUGACCGGCGCACAAUGGCCGAUGUCGUGCGGUCGCCGGCUCCAACACGGGCCCAGUCGACAUCGUCGUCUCAGCAGCCGGCCACUGUCGAGGCGCCUUGCAGAGCCGCAGCAGCGGGUGAUCAAGCCGGUGUCCAGGUGGCGCCCGAAGACGAGACCUGGGAGAUUGCAGCGUUCCUGCAGGCCGCCUGGACCGUAGUCGCCGGUGCCGAUGGCUGCCUCUUCUACGAGUCGAAGCGAAACACCGGAGGGCCACUACCAUGAGGGAACGGGACGCGGUUCUAAGCAACGAACUCCCAAGCGCCCGGAGUGAUUGUUCUUUCUAGUCUUCUUCUUUUUUUUUUCUUCAUGUGUUCAAGAAGAGCUUUGUUCAGACAUGAGUGCGAGGCCAAUUCCAGCAGCCGAUAUACUCUCGCGGAACAAUACUCAUGUAAUGAAUCCACUGUGCCUCGAUUCCUGGUGCUUCCUUUCUCGGUGAAGACUUACCGUUGCUGGUCAUUAAAGAAUAAUCCCGGUCGGCGGGUCAUUUGUCAAAGGUCGGUUCCCGACUCCGCCUUGUUUUGCAAAUGCAAUGCAGAGCUUGAUAAGACAAAUACCACGUACUAAUGGUGCGGGUGAUAACUGUCUGUGCUGCGAGCGUCACCGGCGCUCCUUUAAUUUUUUCCUUCCCAAGAAUCCUUUCUCCAAUUGAGUAACUGCGUGGCUUUCUUAAACUGAAUCUAGUCUUACAUACUCCCAUCGUCCAAGUGAUGACAAUGAGCAUGUUGAAGUAAUUUCUAUGCUUACCUAGUGCCUUCAGUUACUGCAUGUGCUUUCCGGUUUAGCUUUUUCAAUCGUGGCAGAGAGUAUAGCCAGGCAGAGACACCUGGCUAUAUUUUUGUAUUAAUUCCUGGAGUUCUUCAAUAUUUAAGCUUCUUUAGCGUCCAUUAUAUGCGCGUCGAAGCCUUGUGGACUGACACCAUGUGACGAUGUGGCGUGUGGCACAUUGUCGUCGGGUCUUCUUCGACACUGUUAAAUUAUUGUUAAGGAAUAAGGUGUUCCGAUCCAUUUUGAGGAAUAAACAUAUCAGCAUUACCAUGUGAAGCGGCGUCAAGCGCGUCUGCAGGUCAUAGUACUUAAUUUUCAGUUCUUACAAUAGCUUAAAUUCGCUACCAACGCGCAUUGCUUUCCAAUUUAUGAUUACGAAAUCUCGCUGGGUAAUCAAGAAACGAUCGUGUGUGUUCACAAUUGCGACCAAUUGUUCGAGCUUUCGUUCUAGUGCGUCUGCUUAUCGUAGUUUCUAGAGGAAUUGCUAACAGCACCCUGAGCAUAUCAUACAGGAUUGUUGGUUCAGUGAAAAAUUCCUGAAGUUUCGUUGCAUCUAUUCAAGAUUUCAUGCGUAACUUCGCUUGGGCCCUUCGCCAAGUUUGUUUUAAGUUUACUGGUCCUCCACGGAAUAUAAAAGCUGCUCUACCGUUUGUCGCAGCUCCCCUCUGUCACCCACGUUGAAAUGUUUUGUUUUUUUCCCACAGUUCUGUUGUGCCUCGCGAGUGAUGACGGCGAUAAUUGUAACACUUGUGUGAUAACUGGCUGUGAUACGUAUGUUUGGCUUGUCUGUGAUACCUUCGUCAUGAAAAUACGGCUUUUCUGUGAUGUCUUUAUCGCGGGGUCACUGUCACGUUGUAGAGAACGCGUCAAGGCUAUUUGUGUUGCUGAAAGCCAAGUGUGUCAUCGAAACGGCUAAAAAUAGAUCGAGGUUGCUUAGGACUCGGCCAAUGGUGCCAGCGCCGCCGCUGGGUGCGCUCUGCGCGUUUUCAGCGUGUCUUUCGCCGUGAUCUUGGGCUGAGGUGUGGCUGGGCUCCGCACCUGAUGAAGUAGAUCGCGUUGGACUGCGUCACACAAUCGGCGAGGAGGAAUAGUGUGACGAAGCUCGUUUCUAUUGAACCGUUGCUUGUGGUUUUCCGUUUCUGAAUACAUAGCAAAGACAUUCCAGUCAUUGCUGUGAUGCGGGAAGUGACCUUCACAUUCGCGUUCAUGUGGACGACGACUAGAUUAGUGUCGGUUGCCGCACCUAUUUCUCUGUUUUUCAGAUUUGGUUUGUUGAUUAUUUUUCGGCUGCCGCGUACAGUCGGGAAGAUGUUACCUUAUGCAGAAUUUCUGUUGAUGUUCAGAGUGAACUCCUAGCUAUAUAAAGGGACUUGUUGGAUUUUGAAGGCUUAUCGAAAACCUUUUAAGUGUAGUGAAAUAUUUUUACCGUUACAGGCGGGGUUUGUGUGCGUAUGUCUUUUUUGUUUCUUUCUUUUUGCCACGUAGAAGGAGUUGUGGAG